AUGUCGGCCGCCCCCGCCUACAGCGAAGACAAGGGCGGCUCUGCUGGCCCCGGGGAGCCCGAGUACGGCCACGACCCGGCGAGCGGCGGCAUCUUCUCCUCCGACUACAAGCGGCAUGAUGACCUGAAGGAGAUGCUGGACACCAACAAGGAUUCCCUCAAGCUGGAGGCCAUGAAGAGGAUUGUGGCGAUGAUCGCCCGGGGAAAGAACGCCUCAGACCUGUUUCCCGCUGUGGUGAAGAACGUGGCCUGUAAGAACAUAGAGGUGAAGAAGCUUGUCUAUGUGUACCUGGUGCGCUAUGCCGAGGAGCAGCAAGACCUAGCGCUGCUGUCUAUCUCCACCUUCCAGCGCGGCCUGAAGGACCCCAACCAGCUGAUUCGUGCCAGUGCCCUCCGAGUCCUCUCUAGCAUCCGUGUGCCCAUCAUCGUGCCCAUCAUGAUGCUGGCCAUCAAGGAGGCUGCCUCAGAUAUGUCGCCCUAUGUGCGGAAGACAGCUGCCCACGCCAUCCCCAAGCUCUACAGUUUGGAUUCUGACCAGAAGGACCAGCUGAUAGAGGUCAUCGAGAAGCUCCUGGCUGACAAGACCACGCUGGUGGCGGGCAGCGUGGUGAUGGCCUUCGAGGAGGUGUGCCCAGAGCGCAUAGACCUGAUCCACAAGAACUAUCGGAAACUCUGUAACCUGCUCAUCGACGUGGAGGAGUGGGGCCAGGUGGUCAUCAUCAGCAUGCUCACCCGCUACGCCCGCACGCAGUUCCUGAGCCCCACCCAGAACGAAUCUCUGCUGGAGGAGAACCCUGAGAAAGCCUUCUACGGCUCCGAGGAGGACGAGGCCAAGGGGCCGGGGUCGGAGGAGGCGGCCUCCUCGGCGCUGCCGUCCCGAAAGCCCUACGUCAUGGACCCCGACCACAGGCUGCUGCUGCGCAACACGAAGCCGCUCCUGCAGAGCCGCAGCGCCGCCGUGGUGAUGGCGGUGGCGCAGCUCUACUUCCACCUGGCGCCCAAGGCGGAGGUGGGCGUCAUCGCCAAGGCCCUCGUGCGUCUGCUGCGCAGCCACAGCGAGGUGCAGUAUGUGGUGCUCCAGAACGUGGCCACCAUGUCCAUCAAGCGCCGGGGUAUGUUUGAGCCGUACCUGAAGAGCUUCUACAUCAGAUCCACCGACCCCACGCAGAUCAAGAUCCUGAAGCUGGAAGUGUUGACUAACCUCGCCAAUGAGACCAACAUCCCUACUGUCCUACGGGAAUUCCAGACCUACAUUCGCAGCAUGGACAAGGACUUUGUGGCAGCCACCAUCCAGGCCAUUGGGCGCUGUGCAACUAACAUAGGCCGAGUCCGUGACACCUGCCUCAACGGCCUGGUGCAGCUGCUGUCCAACCGUGAUGAGCUCGUGGUCGCAGAGUCAGUGGUCGUCAUUAAGAAGCUGCUGCAGAUGCAGCCGGCACAGCAUGGAGAGAUCAUCAAACACUUGGCAAAGCUCACAGAUAACAUCCAGGUGCCCAUGGCCCGGGCCAGCAUCCUGUGGCUCAUCGGCGAGUACUGUGAGCAUGUCCCCAGGAUUGCACCCGACGUCCUGAGGAAAAUGGCCAAGUCCUUCACAGCCGAGGAAGACAUCGUCAAGCUGCAGGUCAUCAACCUGGCAGCCAAGCUCUACCUGACCAACUCUAAGCAGACCAAGCUGCUGACCCAGUAUGUGCUGAGUCUGGCCAAGUAUGACCAGAACUACGAUAUCCGAGACCGAGCGCGCUUCACCCGGCAGCUCAUCGUCCCUUCGGAGCAGGGCGGGGCCCUCAGCCGCCAUGCCAAGAAGCUCUUCCUGGCACCCAAACCAGCCCCAGUCUUAGAGUCAUCCUUCAAAGAUCGGGACCACUUCCAGUUGGGCUCACUGUCCCACCUGCUCAACGCCAAGGCCACGGGCUACCAGGAGCUCCCAGACUGGCCAGAGGAAGCCCCGGACCCAUCUGUGCGCAACGUGGAGGAAGAAGAUCUCUCCCUUAUUGAGACCCACGUGGGCCUGUUGGGCGAAUACACCGAGGUGCCUGAAUGGACCAAGUGCUCAAGUAGGGAGAAGAGGAAAGAGAAGGAGAAACCCUUCUACUCAGACUCUGAGGGAGAGUCAGGCCCCACAGAGUCCGCAGACAGCGACCCCGAGUCCGAGAGUGAAUCGGACAGUAAGAGCAGCAGUGAGAGCGGCUCUGGGGAGUCCAGCAGUGAGUCCCACAAUGAAGACCAGGAUGAGGACGAGGAGAAAGGGAGGAGCGGUGAGAGUGAACAGAGUGAGGAGGAAGGUAAGAAGAGGAAGAUGAAGAAGAGAAAGAAGGUGCCAGAGGGGCAAGAAGGCGUCUCAUCCUCAGAUGAGGACAGCGAUUCCAGCAGCAGCUCGUCAGAGUCUGAGAUGACAUCAGAGACCGAGGAGGAGCAGGUGGAACCUGCCUCCUGGAGGAAAAAAACACCUCCCAGUAGCAAAAGUGCCCCUGCAGCCAAGGAGGUCUCCCUGCUUGACCUAGAGGACUUCACCCCUUCCAGUGUCCAGCCUGUGUCUCCCCCCACGGUUGUGUCCACCAGCCUGGCUGCUGACCUGGAGGGCCUGACGCUCACAGACUCCCCCCUAGUGCCCUCGCUGCUGAGUCCAGUGUCGGGUGUCGGGAGACAGGAGCUGCUGCACCGUGUAGCUGGCGAGGGGCUGGCUGUGGACUACACCUUCAGCCGCCAACCUUUCUCCGGGGACCCCCACAUGGUGUCUGUGCACAUCCACGUCUCCAACAGCUCUGAUACCCCCAUCAAGGGCCUGCAUGUGGGCACCCCCAAACUGCCUGCUGGCAUCAGCAUCCAGGAAUUUCCUGAAAUCGAGACCCUGGCACCGGGAGAGUCUGCCACUGCUAUCAUGGGAAUUAAUUUCUGUGACUCGACCCAAGCAGCCAACUUCCAGCUGUGCACCCAGACCAGACAGUUCUACGUCUCCAUUCAGCCACCUGUGGGGGAGCUGAUGGCCCCUGUGUUCAUGAGUGAGAAUGAGUUCAAGAAGGAACAGGGAAAGCUGACGGGCAUGAAUGAGAUCACAGAGAAGCUCACGCUGCCAGACACCUCUCGGAGCGACCAUGUUGUGGUGCAGAAAGUGACUGCCACGGCCAACCUGGGUCGUGUCCCUUGUGGGACAUCUGAUGAGUAUAGGUUUGCAGGGAGGACACUGACCAGCGGGAGCCUGGUCCUGCUGACCCUGGAUGCCCGGCCCACUGGAGCUGCCCAGCUGACAGUCAACAGUGAGAAGAUGGUGAUUGGCACCAUGCUGGUGAAGGACGUGGUGCAGGCUCUGACCCAGUGAUCCCAAGUGCUGUGACCUCUUCAACCCCCACUUGUCCCUCUCUUGUGACAUGCAGGCUGUUAGUCUCUCUC